AUGAUUGUCUUUGUGUGCAGAGGAGUGGUUCUGGUGAGCGUAGAUCUGGCGAAGACAGACAUUAAUCAAUGCGCUGGCGAUAACUCCUUUUUCUCGGAUACGCACAAAUGUCACAUACAUUCACAGUGUCACCCAAUCGAGGGGAUGGGCUUCCGUCGGGGGGCUUACAUAUGUCGGUGUAAAGCCGGCUAUUAUUUUCCCAACAAAAAUAAAUCCAGUUUAACGGAGAGCUCGUUAAAUGAUAAUUAUUUUAGAGGUAUAGCGGUAGAGGAGGCGAUGGUGGAGGCGUUGGUGGGCUCGACCAAAGUGGAGAACUCGGCGGCCCUGAGCUACGUGUGCGUGCCGUGCGCUGCCGGCUGCACGAGUUGUUCGGACAACGAACCAUGCUACGUUCAAUAUAACAUAUUCAUCAGGGUCGUAACGCUGGGCGUACAGAGUUUUUGCGCCACCAUUACAUUGAUUAUAGCCAUCGCUAUCUGCAAAUUGAGGCGUUCAAAGAAUCCGCGGAACCAUUAA